UGCGCUCUCCUCCUCCUCUUCCUCAGCACCGGACAGACACCGGGAGCGCACCGUGAACGCAUGAAGGAUGAAUUAACUUUAAAUCUGCCUCACAACUUUCACCACCUCUCUCUCUCUCUCUCUCUCUCUCUCUCUCUCUCUCUCUCUCUCUCUCUCUUUCCCUCCUCCGCUGCUCCAGAAGCGAAACACCAGAAGAAGAUUCUUCGACAAUGGAUUUACUGCAACCACGAUCCUAUAGUGAAUGAUUAAUGAUUAGAUCAUCUUCCUCUUCCUCUUCUUCUUCUUUCUUCGCGGAUGCUCAUUAGCGUCGCGGGUCGAGAUGAUGGCAUCAAUAGGGGAAUUCGAUCCUCUCAACACCAGAGUCCCUGCAACUAAAAUAGAAGUUACUGUUUCGUGCCGGAGUCUGCUGGAUGUGGACACAUUCUCCAAGUCAGACCCUGUGGUCGUCUUGUAUUUGCAGGCCGUGGGAACCAAAGAAUGGAGGGAGUUUGGCAGGACAGAGGUAAUCGACAACACUCGGAAUCCAGACUUCGUCAGGAAGUUCGUCCUGGAUUUCUUUUUUGAAGAGAGACAAAACCUACGGUUUGAUGUGUACAAUGUGGACUCCAGAAGCUGUAACAUUUCCAAACACAAGGACUUUCUUGGACAGACCUUCUGCACCCUUGGAGAAAUCAUCGGCUCCACAGGAGGGCGGCUGGAGAGAACCCUCUCUGGGAUUCCAGGGAAGAAGUGUGGAGUCAUUAUCUUUACUGCAGAGGAGCUCAGUAACUGCAGGGAUAUCGCUACCAUGCAGUUAUGUGCUAACAAGCUGGACAAAAAAGACUUUUUUGGCAAGUCGGACCCCUUCUUGGUUUUCUACCGGAGUAAUGAAGAUGGAACGUUCACCAUCUGCCACAAGACAGAAGUGAUCAAGAACACACUGAACCCGGUGUGGCAGUCCUUCACUAUCCCUGUCAGAGCUCUCUGCAAUGGCGACUUUGACAGGACUGUGAAGGUAGAUGUCUUUGACUGGGAUCGAGAUGGAAGCCAUGACUUCAUUGGUGAGUUCACCACCAGCUACAGAGAGCUGUCUCGGGGGCAGAACCAGUUCAAUGUCUAUGAGGUUUUAAAUCCCAAGAAGAAAGGCAAGAAGAAGAAAUACAUCAAUUCUGGAACUGUAACUCUGCUGUCCUUCAAAGUGGAGUCCGAGUACACCUUUGUGGAUUUCAUCCGAGGAGGAACACAACUGAACUUCACGGUGGCUAUAGACUUCACGGCAUCCAAUGGUAACCCCUCCCAGCCCACUUCCCUCCACUACAUGAGUCCCUACCAGAUGAAUGCAUACGCCAUGGCCCUGAAAGCAGUAGGUGAGAUUAUCCAGGACUACGACAGUGACAAGCUCUUUCCUGCCUAUGGUUUCGGAGCUAAGCUGCCUCCUGACGGCAAAAUCUCCCACGGCUUCCCACUGAGCGGUGAUGCUGAGAAUCCAAACUGUGUGGGCAUAGAGGGGGUCCUGGAGGCCUACUUCCAGAGCCUGAGGACGGUGCAGCUGUAUGGACCCACCAACUUUGCACCUGUUAUCAACAAAGUGGCAAACUGUGCAGCAGAGAUUACAGAUGGCUCUCAGUACUUUGUCCUACUGAUGAUCACAGAUGGAGUGAUAUCUGACAUGGUCCAGACCAAAGAGGCUGUGGUCAAUGCAGCAGCACUGCCCCUGUCCAUAAUUAUCGUCGGUGUCGGACCUGCUGAGUUUGAUGCUAUGGAGGAGCUGGAUGGAGAUGAGGUGAGAGUGUCCUCCAGGGGACGUCUCGCUGAGAGAGACAUUGUACAGUUUGUUCCAUUCAGAGACUACAUCGACAGAUCCGGCAACCAGGUCCUCAGCAUGGCCGGGCUGGCUAAGGACGUCCUCGCCGAGAUCCCCGACCAGCUGCUGUCUUUUAUGAAGAGCCGAGGAGUUGAACCGCGACCGGCCCUCAACUCCUCGCCGUUACCGGAGCUACACCGGCAUAUCUGACCCAGACACAGCCGCGGCCACUCGUCUCUGCCUCUCCACCACCCUGACUCUGCCUCUGCCUCUCCGCUCAUCCACGCUCACCUCCCAUACAGUCAUUUGUCACUUUAAAAGGAGCAGAAGGAUCGACCCGUGACUUGUCCUCUUCCUCUCUUAUCACCGGUGAAGCCAAACAGGCACAUCACACCAACACAGCGGGCGCUCAUCCCUGACUGACCUGCUGCUGUUCCCUUAUUCACGCUGUUAUAUCGCAUUACUUUACUGUACGAAAGAGCAGCGAGACGGAGCCACGACUGUCUCUCUCCUCCACACCGACGAUCAUUCAUAGCUUGACUUUUUUAAUUUCUUUAAUUCCUCUCUCCAGAAAUGUUUUUUUUUUUUACAUUUGUCCUUGUCCUCAGCAGGUGUAGAAACUAUAGUCACAUCUGGCAGGAGUCCCAGGAGGUGCAAGACACUAAAUUAAAUUGAGGCUAGUCCCCAAAUGAAAGCAGAGCUUGUGAUGAGCGAUAUACGUCCCCGCUUGUAUCAGGUGCUUUGGGGGUAUUUUUGGCCAAGCUUUGACUUUAAUCCAUUGGAGUAAUUUGUCACCAUAGGACAGGUGUUUGUGAUUUAUAGUUUACCAUCGUCAUCAAGCUGAGACUGAAAUAGAAGCUGCAAAACCAUUAGUUCAAUCCAGGGGUUUUCAAACUGUGAGGCACGCCUCCUCAACGGUGGUAAGGAGAGUUAAAGGGUUUGGCGCAGAGGGAGAGAAAUGAGGCAAAGAGACAGGUGCAUGUCGGUAUUCUUAAAGCAACGGUCAUACCUGUUGAAGUUCGGUCCGCUUAUCAUCACAGUCAUCUGUUAAAGCUGCCACAGCUGCUGUGACAUACAGCUCAUGGAGGCAAUUAAGAUAAUUUCAACGCCCGAUUGGCGCAAUUUGCGUCAAACAUCAUACUCCUUCU